AUGCUCUUCACCAAGCUUGUCUGCUCCCUCGCCGCUCUGGCUACCGCGGUCUCUGCCUUGCCGCUCCAGUCUCGUCAGAACCAGAACAAGGGCGUCGUUCUCAGGACCACAGGCGGACACAACCCCCAGCACAACGACCUCUACGUCGUUCCCUACCACACCGGUGCCGGCCUCAACGAUGCCGUCCUCACUACGAAUAUCACGAAGGCGGCCCAAUUCUCCUGGAACGGCACCACUCUCCAGUACAACACCGGGCAGAGCUUCUCGUGGGGACUCAACCUGGCGCCCGACACCAACUAUGCUGCGUGGGAGCCUGUCACCAUUGACGCCGGCUCCGCAACCGCUGGUAUCUCCAUCAACGGCUCUUAUGUGACCGUGAACGGCCCUGAGUUCGACGGAUGGCUUGCUUUUCUGGGCCGUCGCCAGGUACAGCCACUACGGCUACCCGUCCACCUGCAGCAAGGUCCAACUCGUGGCGCAGCAAGCCACUCAGUGAAUCUUCGGCUGUGUCAAAGACGGAGAUCGUAUGAGAGGGAGAUUGGAGGAGCCCAUAAUAGUCGGGGUGGAAGGGAAGUAGUGGUGCUAUUACUCACGGUGAUAAUUAAUAAUGUCCUGAUACUGGUGCACUCUUUUGACGCUAAUGUGUACGGUUUUGACACAUCAAUAUCAAACAAUAAUACACACAGCAAAAAGGCUCACACACCAGAUUUUCAGCUAUCUAAGGUUAAACUGCAGCAGAUGUGA